AUUUCCCUCAAGUUAUUAUGUAAGAAAUCUUAUCCAUAGAAGAAAUACUGGCCCUUAAAGGCAAUCACCACAAAACUAAACCAACUUUACAUUCCAAAGCUAACACCAACACAAAAUUUUCCAUUUAAUAAUCAUGGCCACAAGUUGUUCCUACAUGGUUUCUACCAAACUAUCCAUACUAGGUUGGACAGGAAGAAGAAAAGAAGUAAGAAACAGAACACCAUUUUUCAUUUCAGCUCAACAACAAUCCGAUGUUAAAGAAACAGAUGGAGUGAAAAUAGGAGAAGGGCAAAGAGAACGACCACAAAAUCAGGAAAUAAAUCCAAAAGGAACAAAACCAAGACCAGUUGAACCUCAGGUGAAUGUAAAAGACAAAAACAUGAGUAGGGAAUAUGGUGGACAGUGGUUGAGCUGUGCCACACGUCAUGUGAGAAUCUAUGCAGCUUAUAUUGAUCCAGAAACUAGUGCUUUUGAUCAGUCUCAGAUGGAUAAGCUCACUCUUAUUCUUGAUCCUACUGAUGAGUUUGUUUGGAAUCCUGACACUUGUAACUUGGUUUAUUCUUACUUCCAGGAGCUUGUGGAUCACUACGAGGGUGCUCCAUUGAACGAAUACACACUUCGCCUGAUUGGUUCGGACAUUGAGCACUAUAUAAGAAAGUUGUUAUACGAUGGGGCAGUCAAGUAUAAUAUGAAUGCAAGAGUUCUGAAUUUCAGCAUGGGGAAACCACGGAUCCUCUUCAACAAUGAUAUCCAACCUGAAGAUGCUACUACUACUUGACAAAUCAUUUUUCAAACACACUUAAGAAAAGUUAAUAUAGUGACGAGUUCUUUAAUUUGUAUAUUAUAAAAAACUCUUGUCUAAGAUUAGAUGUUUUUUGGGUUGACCAAAACCAAUGUAAAACUAAAUAUCAUUACAGCACAGAGAAUUGUUUUAGCUGUUGUUAUGUGAAAAAUUUAUGUUUUGAUAUGUCCUACUUUGAAAUAGUGGUUAAUGAUUGUCUUCCUAUUAUUA